AUGAUCAGCCGAGGCGCGAGAGCUCUUCCCUUUCGUGCACCCUCCGCCAACAUCAUCUUGCCAUCAUCCAUCAUCAAUAAUCGCCAUAUCGCAGCGUCUAGCGAUCGAAAUGGUGAGGGCUGUUGCUCCGGAUCGAAAUUGUUUAUUGGCUCUUGUGCUGAGGUGCAACCCGAGCACCUCUCAGCGGAAUGGACCUCUCAAGCCCACAUCUGCGUUGGCAAUGAAUGA